GUUUCAAUUGCCUUUUUCUUCUUCUUUUUUUAUCUUUUUUCUUCUCUUUUUAAAACUUUAUGAUGCUUUUGAUCUAUCUUAUAGCUUUGCAGAGAUACGAAAUUAAACAUUACGAGAUUCAUUAAAUGGCAAGUAGAAAAAAGACAACUGGUUUAUUGUAUUCGGUUGCUGAAGAACCAGAAGAAGAACAGUCGGAACAAAAUCUGAAGCACGAUAAAUCCCUUAUGCAUGCAAGCGUCACCUUAGAAAUUGACUAUCAUCAUCAUCUUACAAAACCUCCUUCUUUUCUCUCUCAUUACUAUGCCAGUAGUUAUUACCACAGCCCUACUCUUGAUCCCCAUAUUGAUGAAUUCGAAAUAGCCAAAGCCAAGUUGAAUGGCAUCACGCAGCAAUAUCUGUCGUUAUCUUCACCAUUCAUAAGCUCAGCUAGUUCAAGUACUCUAUCCAGCUUUACUUUACCAGACACCAUAACUACUGAGAAAGACUGGCAAAACCAGUUUCUUGAACUCAUGUCUACCUUGAUCCAUUGUGCAGAGCAACUCGAAUCUAUCUCUACAGAAUUACUAAACACAGAACGUCAAGUACGUGAGCUCGUAUUGCUUCAAAAGUCUAUGCUCGAAACAUAUCAGGAACAAGAAAAUUUAUAUCUUUCUCGAAUUGAAGAAUGUCAUCAAGUUUCGCAAUACCAAACAAAUCUGAUGGAGUUUUUGGAUGAAUUGAGCCAUGAAAUCCCAGUUUCUCGGUCUUCUUUUGAUUCCUCUUGCACUACAUUAUGCUCAAAAAGAAACAGAGAGAGUUGCAGUACAACGGGUGCUACGAGGGUCAAUGAACCAUCAGAAUCAACAUUAGAGCACAUAAUACAUCGUGUACGAUGCGAACUGAGUCUGAUGAUUGGUGGAAGUGCAAGUACAGGCCGUGUCAUACAUUCUUUUAGUUGUAACAAUGCAACAGAAUGGAUUGUAGCUGGUGUAGGAGCAACCGCUAGAUUUGAUCGUUGUCUUUAUAUGAUUCAUAUUAGGUCACACGACAAUAAGUUUCGACUAUUGCCGAAGAAAGAGUGGGUGUCCGAUCAUCAAGUGGAUCAUUGUCAGUCUGAAUUAUGUUCCACUCGGUUCUCAUUGUUUCAACGAAGGCAUCAUUGUAGAAAGUAAGCAAAGUUUCUACGUACAUACACAAUGUACUGAUUGCUUGUUUUUAGGUGUGGCAUUAUUGUCUGUCAACGACACAGUCUCAAUCGUAUCCCAUUAAUCAGUCAUUCAAGGCUACUUGCAUGGUAUCGCGUAUGUGAUACAUGUUUUCAUGGUCUUACUGAAAAUCACUUUCAUACAACGGAUUCUGCAAAAGAUUUUUCUA